GACAGGAGGGAGGAAGAGCAGAAAGAUGCAUAUACAAAAGACAGCGGAUAGCCUGGUUAGCAGAUAGCCUUGUUACAGAUAGCCUGGUUAGCAGAUAGCCUUGUUACAGAUAGCCUGGUUAGCAUAUAGCCUGGUUACAGAGAGCCUUGUUACAGAUAGCCUGGUUACAGAUAGCCUUGUUACAGAUAGCCUGGUUACAGAGAGCCUUGUUACCGGAUAGCCUGGUAACAGAUAGCCUGGUUACAGAUAGCCUGGUUAGCAGAUAGCCUGGUUACAGAUAACCUGGUUACAGGUAGCCUGGUUACAGAUAACCUGGUUACAGGUAGCGGUUGAUUUGGUGACGGUGAAGGAGGCGCAGAUGGAGUCGGAGGAAAGCCUGCUGAACGUGUUUGUGCUGCUGCUGUUCGCAUCUCUGCUCACCGUGGUGGGUCCCUCUGCCCCUGAGGAGGGAUGGCAGGUGUACAGCUCAGCUCAGGACCCUGAAGGCCGAUGUGUCUGCACCGUGGUCGCUCCCCAGAACAACGUCUGCUCCCGGGACGCCCGGACCAAGCAGCUGCGCCUCCUGCUGGACAAGGUUCAGAAUAUGAGUCAGUCCAUCGAGGUUCUGGACCGGCGUACUCAGCGAGAUCUGCAGUUUGUGGAGAAAAUGGAGGUUCAGCUAAAGGGUCUGGAAACUAAAUUCCAACAGGUGGAGGACGGACACGAGAGCAACUGGGCCAAACAGUACCAGUCCAUCAAAGCUAAGAUGGAAGAGUUGCGUCCUCUCAUCCCGGUCCUGGAGGCCUACAAGGCGGACGCUCUGCUGGUGCGACAGUUUAAGGAGGAGGCGUCAAACGUGACAGAGCUGCUGGGAACACUGCAGGAGCAGCUGGGAGGUGUCGACUACCAGGAGGUCCACAGCCGAGUGCUGGACCUGGAGGAGCGGCUGAGGGCCUGCAUGCAGAGGCUUGCCUGCGGGAAGCUGACAGAAUUUCUGAGCAGUCACCAUCAGACGUCUGGAUAGUUUGGAUCGUGGAUGACCGACCCGCUGCUGCAGCUGGGAGAACAACAGAGUAAGUCGCAUCUAAAACACAAUGUCACAACCAUCAACAACACAAUGUCACAACAACACAAUGUCACAACAUCAACAACACAAUGUCACAACAUCAACAACACAAUGUAA